GUCCGAGCCAGAGAUCCUACCCUGAAACUAGCACAGGGCGUCUUGUCCUCUCGCGGCACCUGUUGCAAGGGACAGAGCUCGGUGUCUCGCCAGGCCUUUCCCCCGCACCUUGAGUCACCCGUCGUUGGCAACCCUCGCCUUGGCCGCUUUUCCGCAGAAAGAAGAGUACACGAUAAAGUACAAUAAAUCAUGUCGGAGUUACUCGACCUGUCUUUUCUCUCUGACAUGGAAAGAGAUGUGAUCCUUGAUGUUCUACAGCGAGAUGAGGAGCUCCGGAAAGCUGAUGAGAAAAGGAUUAGGAAACUGAAGAAUGAGUUACUGGAGAUUAAAAGGAAAGGGGCCAAGAGGGGCAGUCAACACUACAGUGACCGUACCUGUGCCCGGUGCCAGGAGAGCCUGGGUCGUUUGACACCAAAGACCAACACUUGUCGGGGUUGUAAUCAUCUGGUGUGUCGAGACUGUUGUGUCCAGGAAAGCAAUGGUACCUGGAGGUGCAAAGUGUGUGCCAAGGAAAUAGAACUGAAGAAGGCAACUGGAGACUGGUUUUAUGACCAGAAAGCGAAUCGCCUUGAUUACCGCACGGGCAGUGAGCUAAUCAGGAUGUCCCUGCGCCGCAAACCUGCAGUGAGUAAAAGAGAGCCCACAGGACAGUCUCAACUUCACCAGGCACAGAUUGGCGACAUCUGGCCAGGAAGAAGGAUCGUUCAGGAGCGACAGAAGGAGUACAGUGUGCCAUUUGACAUGCUCAAACCCAAAAGUGGCAAGAGCGUGCUGGAGGCUGAGAGUGAGAGCUUGGAUAGCUAUACAGCUGACUCGGACAGUACCUCCAGGAGAGAGUCUCUGGAUAAAACUGGCCUAUUUCCUGAAUGGAAGAAAAUGUCUGCCCCCAAGUCUCAAGUCAAAAUGGAAAUGCAACCUGGGGCUCAAAAUGUGGUAUCUGCGGAUGAGGGCGAAAUGAUUUUCAAGAAGAAUACCAGAAAAAUCCUGAGGCCUGCAGAGUACACUAAAUCUGUGCUAGAUCUUCGCCCAGAAGAUGUGGACCCUGCAAGUGGCUCCUUGGGAGACAGAAGUAGAUCUGUCCCAGGUCUCAUUGUGGAUAUGGAAGAGGAAGAAGAGGAGGAGGAAGAUAUUGAUCACUUGGUGAAGUUGCAUCGUCAGAAGCUAGCCAGAAGCAGUAUGCGAAGUGGCUCUUCCAUGAGUACGAUUGGCAGCAUGAUGAGCAUCUAUAGUGAAGCUGGUGAUUUCGGGAACGUCUUUGUGACGGGCAAGAUUGCUUUUUCCCUGAAGUAUGAGCAGCGAACACAGACUCUGUCCAUCCACGUGAAGGAGUGUUCCCAGCUGGCCUAUGCUGAUGAAACCAAGAAGCGCUCCAACCCAUAUGUGAAGACGUAUCUUCUGCCUGACAAGUCCCGCCAAGGAAAAAGAAAAACCAGCAUCAAGCGGGACACCAUCAAUCCAUUAUAUGAUGAGAUCCUCAGGUAUGAGAUCCCAGAAUCUCUCCUGGCCCAGAGGACCUUGCAGUUCUCAGUGUGGCAUCAUGGUCGUUUUGGCAGAAACACUUUUCUUGGAGAGGCAGAGAUUCAGAUGGAUUCCUGGAAGCGUGAUAAGAAACUGGAUCAUUGCCUCCCUUUACAUGGAAAGAUCAGUGCUGACUCCUUGACUGGCUCGCCACCACACAAAGGCGAGCUGGUGGUUUCAUUGAAAUACAUCCCAGCCUCCAAACUCCCUGUUGGAGGCGACCGGAAAAAGAGUAAAGGUGGGGAAGGGGGAGAGCUCCAGGUGUGGAUCAAAGAAGCCAAGAACCUGACGGCUGCCAAAUCAGGAGGGACUUCAGACAGCUUUGUCAAGGGAUACCUCCUUCCCGUGAGGAACAAGGCCAGUAAGCGUAAAACUCCUGUGGUGAAGAAGACUUUGAAUCCCCACUACAACCAUACAUUUGUCUACAAUGGUGUACGGCUGGAAGAUCUGCAACACGUGUGCCUGGAACUGACUGUGUGGGACCGGGAACCCCUGUCCAGCAAUGACUUCCUGGGAGGGGUCAGACUGGGUGUUGGUACUGGGAUCAGUCAUGGGGAAGUGGUGGACUGGAUGGACUCGACUGGGGAAGAAGUGAGCCUGUGGCAGAAGAUGCGACAGUAUCCAGGGUCUUGGGCGGAAGGGACUCUACCGCUCCGUUCCUCGAUGGUCAAGCAGAAGCUGAGCAUAUGAGUCCCUGUCCUCCUCUGCAGGCCCAGCCCUGGCCAGGGCAAGCCCACGAACGUGAAGAAACCACGAGCAAAUAUGUAUAAGUUAAUGUGUGUGUGUGUGUGUACCAAUGUGUUUCUACAAAUCCUAUUGUGCUGGCGUGAUGUAGACUUGUUCUCCUUUGUAAUAGAGUAAGGGUCUCUUCAAAGCUGUGUGUGCGCGCGCGCAUGUAUGUGUGUGUGUAUAUAUAUAUAUAAAAUCUAGGAUGUUUUAAGCGUCUCUCUUAUAUAUUUAUGAGGUCUAAUGAACAUCUUUCAAAAUCUCUUACAAUGACAUUUUAUCUUCCCUCUGGACAUCUUUGCUCCUGCUUCCCCCAGGAAACCCUGUCUGCCUUUGGGAUUAGCACCAGCCUGUUCCCAGGUGUGCCUGGCAAGGCUCUGAGAAGGAGGUUGUUUUUCUCUAAAGAGAAGAAAAUAUGGGAGCAAGAUGAAUAGCUCCUCCCUCUUUUGCCUCUCCAAUGUAUGCUUUUAGCUCAUAUAAAAAAAUGUUUUAAAGUCUGUUUUCUACCUUGAGACAUGUCUGAAGUUUUAGCUUUUAAGGGUUCUUCUUUUUGGCAGUUUCCACCUUGCUUGGGUGUGAGGUCUUUCACAGGUUAAAGAAAGGCCAGUUAGAGGUCCCUUUUCUCUACCGGUGGGGAAGCCUUUUACAAAAAGACUAGAAAAGCACUUUCAUCCGAUCAGAGGCCUCUGACUGAAUCACGGACGUGAACAGCACGAGCUUCUAGAUAGUCCCCGAGGACUGGGACUGAGGGUGAAGUGGCUCACAGUGCAUGGUCAAGUCUACAUUUUUAACGGAUGCAACUUGUUAAAAUGCUCCUCCUAUCUGUAAUGAGCAAUGAGACAUCUCCACUCUUAUAUACCCCACCUUUCAUAGUGUUUGUAAUCUGAAAUGUGUUCUCAUACAGAAUAUAAGCCAACAUAGAAAACUCUUGUAUAAAGUGACCUGCUGUUCUACGAACAUAUGUACAGAGAGUCUCUCAGCCAGGCUGACUUCCUUCAAGUGAUUUCUGUUCCUUUUAAAAUAUAUAUAUAUAUAUAUGUAAGUGGCUUCCUAAACUUGACCUUGAUGUAGCGUGGGUGUGGAAUGUUGAGGUUUUUCUAAGAAGAAGGGGCUGGUGUCUAUGGCCCAUUUUCUGAUACUAACUGUUUAAACUGACCUUUUCAAUUCUUACAUGUGUCUCUCUCCCAAGUUGAGGGUGAAUGCAAUGUGUAAGGCCACUGGAUUGUGAGUGAAUUACGGUGGUCUAUUGUAUGUGUAAAGUGGACCCAGGGAAUUUAAAAUAUAUAUAUUGAGUGUGGGUUGGUGUCAUAACUUGGGAUGCUGGGCUAAACUUGCUUUUUGUUUUCUCUCCACAUCCUACCCCCCAAAUGUACACGUGCUCAAUAAAGCUUUCUCACCUGUC